CAACUUUUUUUUUUUAUUUUUUUUUUAUGGUGCCAUUGCUUGAGGAUCAGUUGAGAGGAAGACAAUAUGGUAAGCGCUUCCAAUCAGAACGUCGAAUUUGUGCGGACGGGCUACGGCAAGAACACGGUCAAAGUGUUGUGCAUCAGGAGACAGGGGAGCCACCAUGACAUCAUCGAGCUCAAGACAGACGUGCAGCUCACUCUCAAGUCCCGCAAGGACUAUCUCACUGGAGACAACUCGGACAUCAUCCCAACUGACACAAUCAAGAACACUGUCCAUGCCUUGGCCAAAUUGAAAGGGGUGAAGACCAUUGAGCAGUUUUCUUUGGAUCUUUGUCACCAUUUCCUGACCUCUUUCAACCACGUGUUGAGGGUCAAGGUUUACAUGGAGGAGGCACCAUGGAAAAGGCUGGACAAGAAUGGAGUGGAACAUGCUCACGCCUUCAUUUACAACCCGGAAACCAUCCGAUUCUGUGAAAUCGAACAAUAUUUGCACGGCAUUCCGGUGAUCCAUGGUGGACUCAAGGACAUGAAGGUAUUGAAAACUACUCAGUCAGGUUUCGUGGGUUUCCUCCGAGACCGCUUCACCACACUGCAAGAGGCCACGGACAGGUGUUUCUGUACCACUGUCUGUGCCAAGUGGCGCUACAACAAGGUUCAAGAUGUCAACUUUGACACUGUAUGGAAAUGCGUCAAAGACACAAUUAUUGAGACGUUUGCAGGACCCUUUGAUCAGGGAAAGUUCUCACCCUCUGUGCAGAAGACACUUUAUGAUACACAAGUCCUCGUCCUCACUCGGGUUCCUGAGGUGGAUGAAAUUGAGAUCAUCAUGCCCAACAACCACUACUUCAACAUCGACAUGACAAAAAUGGGCAUUGAGAACAAGGCCGAAGUUCUUCUUCCCGUUGACAACCCGUCAGGAAACAUCACAGGGACAGUGCGUAGGAAGCACGCCAGGCUGUGAAGACACAAGUGCAAAUACAGAAUAAUUAUGCUAUAGCAACAUCGAUGAUGCAUAUAUCACCUUAGUCUCAGUACCAAUCACCAAUAAACAGGUGUUGUCUUUGGUGAGAAAAGAGCACCCUUUAUUGCAA